UCUCCCGCCCCACCCAGCGCCAGGCCACGCCCCAGCGUGUGACGCAAGCGCGCCCCGUGCGUUGCGUCGCGGCGCUCACUGGGGGCCCGGCUUUCGCCCGCUGCUGCCGCCGCCGCCGCCGGCCGCGGCUGCUCUCCCAAGAUGGCGGCUCCUCCGGGUGAGUACUUCAGCGUUGGGAGCCAGGUGUCGUGCCGGACGUGCCAGGAGCAGCGGCUGCAGGGCGAGGUGGUAGCCUUCGACUACCAGUCCAAAAUGCUGGCUUUAAAAUGUCCCUCUUCCAGUGGAAAGCCCAAUCACGCAGACAUCCUGCUUAUAAACUUACAGUAUGUUUCAGAAGUGGAAAUAAUUAAUGACCGAACAGAAACCCCUCCUCCCCUAGCUUCACUCAAUGUUAGUAAGCUUGCCAGCAAAGCACGGACGGAGAAAGAGGAGAAGCUGAGCCAGGCCUAUGCAAUCAGUGCUGGUGUCUCCCUAGAGGGCCAGCAGCUCUUCCAGACCAUUCACAAGACCAUUAAAGACUGUAAAUGGCAAGAAAAAAACAUUGUAGUCAUGGAAGAAGUUGUUAUUACACCCCCAUAUCAAGUGGAAAACUGUAAAGGCAAAGAGGGGAGUGCACUGAGCCAUGUACGCAAAAUAGUUGAAAAACAUUUUAGAGAUGUGGAAAGCCAAAAGAUACUGCAACGUUCACAAGCCCAGCAACCACAGAAGGAGGCUACCCUGUCAUCCUGAGUCCAUAUACAUGGAGGACUCUUCCAGCAUCCAGCCAAGGAGGCGGUGGUGGUGGCUUCAGCGGAGGCAGGCCGGGGGAGGGAAGGGAUCCUAUAUGUCCUGUUGGCUCUUGUUAACAAAGGGUCAGCAUUUCCAAAUCUUAGACUUGAACAAACAAAACACCCAACAAAAAAGAACAAGAGAAUAAUUUAAAAGUUGAAUCAUUACUUGACUAACAGACUUCGGUCCACCAUGUCCUUUUCACAGCCCCCCUUCUGGAGCAGUCACCUUGUUAAUUUUAUUUUUGAAAAUUUCUUUCCCACUCUGCCCUUUUACUUCUGACUUUCCUUUCCUAGUCUGUUCCUGCCAUUCUGUUUUUAUAAGUGGCAACACUUGCCUUCUUGAGUGAUUGAAAGAAACUUUUACAUCUUUUCUUCUAAAAUAAAAGUAACAAGCUGA